CUGGUCAGAUUAUCGCAGUUCAGAAUGGAGAAUCCACAGAAUACGAAGAGGGGCUCUUCUCAGACACCAGCUCGGUUGAUCUAUUUCUGCGUUUUCUUGUCAAUCGUUGUUUGUCUAUCUUUUGUAUUAAGCGUGUACUCUUUCAAGCGUGUGUUGUCGCUUGAUAAAGAAUUUCACUCAAGAACUGAGUUGAAAGCUAAAGAAGAAGAACAAGUCGCCAGUUCAGAUAGAAUCGUGGCUGAAGGAAAGGAGGUGGAUAAACACGGCAGCAGGAAACAUCGCUCUCAACUCCCAGGCGAACGACAAUCCUUGAUUCCUGAAAGCAUACUUCUUUAUGGCAAUGGAAAAAGAUAUGCACUGCAGAAAACGGAUGUCGUCACGCAAUGGACCAAGGCAAACAAAAAUGGAAACAAGAUUGCUUAUCGUUCCAGUGUAGGCCGCGUCGAGGUGAUGAGAGAUGGGCUGUACUUUAUUUACAGCCAAAUGUGCUUUUCUGGAAACAGAAAUCAGGACACGGCUGGCCAUCGCAUUUUUAUCAACCACGAAGAAAAGAUGACAACCGUGAUUGGCCGACAAGACACAACAGUGGCCUGUCGCUAUCAUGGCGGCGCCUUUUAUCUGCGUGCGCACGACACAAUCGCUGUGAAGCCAACAGCGGCUGGUCAAUACUACAUGUCAGCGAAGGGCUCGUUUUUGGGAGUCUUCCUCAUCUAGAGUACCGCGAAAAUCAUCUAGUCUCUUUUCUCUAAUUAGAGUUUAUGUUUGCCUUGAUUUUAGCGUGUGUUAAAAUAUUAAGCACGACUAGCAUGUAAGGUGUUAUAUAUGUAGUUCUUAAUUGCGGUCACUUCUUUCCCAAAGCUGUUAAACACCAUGUUAUCAUUAGCAACU